GAAAUAUCAAGAAAAUCUAAAUCCAAGGAAUCACCAUGAAGGGACUUCUGCUUAACUUGGCGCUGGUGGUGCUUUGUGCCAUGUGGGCACAGGCUGAUGUACCUGUCCAGGCGGACUUCCAGGAGGGCAAAAUUCUAGGGAAGUGGUACAGCUUUGGUUUGGCUUCAAACUCCAACUGGUUUCAGUCCAAGAAGCAGAUGCUGAAAAUGUGCACCACCGAUAUUUCACCCACUGCCGAUGGGAACUUGGAAAUCACUGUCACUUACCCUAAGAUGGAUCGAUGUGAGAAGAAGACCAUGACUUAUAUCAAAACUGAUCAACCUGGUCGUUACAGCUCCAAAAGUCAGCGUUUUGGAAGUGAUCUUGACAUUCGCGUGGUGGAAACCAACUACAACGAUUUCGCUCUGAUGCACACAAUCAAAACCAAAGGAUCUGAAGUCAACACCAUUGUGUCCCUGUUUGGCCGAUCUAAGGAGAUAAGACCAGAACUUCUGGAAAAAUUUAAUACAUUUGCCCGUGAACAAGGACUAACCGAGGACCAAAUUCUCAACUUGCCCCACACUGAUAACUGUAUGACAGAAGCCUAAAAGAUUUCUUUAUGUUAUCACAAAUGUUACCACUAGAUGGUGCUCCUUAUAAUAUGGAUGUAGAACGCUCCGCACGUCUGUGUAUUAAUAAAGCACUGCAUGAAACGCUA